AUGGUAGUGGCGACGACCAUAGCGCUUUACGCUAGCCCACCUAGCAGCGUUUGUUCCACGCCGCAUCACAUCGCCGCUUGCGAUCUCGAUCUGAGCUCCAGGGGUUCGUCGGCAUCCCCUUCGACGUCUUCUUCGCCGCAGAAACCGAUCGUCGGAGGCCUCUCUUCGCUUUUCUCCGGCGCAUCCGUCAAGUCUUCAGCUUCUAUGGGACUAGAGGAAUUUUCGUCCUUGCGUCAUGAUCGGAGUGAUGAUCUGAAAGAUCUGAGCUUGAGCAGCUCCUUUUGUUAUUCUCCGGCGAAAUUCGUGGGUUCCUCGUAUCAUCGACGAGACCACCAAAGCCCAAUCUCUGUGCUUCACGGUCCAGUCUCGUGCAGCUGCAGCCCUCCGAUGAGAAUUUCUCGUGAUCGGAAUCUUGAUGGAGGCUUCCAUGGGUCUUUUCGAGUUGGAGCUAGCGGAUUGUUCAAUAGAUUCGUAAGGAAAGCCGUGGGUUCGUGUGUGGAUUACGAACUGGGAUCGUCUUCUUCGGAUUCGAUUCUCGUAGAUGAGCUAACGUUUCCCAUGGACGAUGGAUUUGGAGCAGAUACGAGGCAGCCGUAUGCUAGGGAUCUGCUAAGACGUGCUCAGCUAAGGCACAAAAUCUUCAAAGAUGAAUCUGUGAUCAAAGCAUUUUACGAAGCGGAGAAGGCUCAUAGAGCACAGAUGAGAGCUAGUGGUGAUCCUUACCUGCAACAUUGCGUCGAGACUGCUAUGUUGUUGGCUAACAUCGGAGCUAACUCAACUGUUGUUGUGGCUGGCCUUCUUCACGAUACCAUGGACGAUUCGUUCAUGAGCUAUGAUUACAUUCUCAGAAACUUUGGAGCAGGAGUUGCUGAUUUAGUCGAAGGGGUCUCGAAGCUUAGCCAACUGAGCAAACUCGCCAGAGAGAACAAUACGGCGUGUAAAACUGUUGAAGCGGAUCGAUUGCAUACAAUGUUUCUUGCAAUGGCAGAUGCAAGAGCUGUUCUCAUCAAACUGGCUGAUCGUCUGCACAACAUGAUGACGCUUUACGCUUUGUCCCCUGUGAAGCAGCAGAGGUUCGCCAAAGAGACUCUUGAGAUAUUCGCACCUUUGGCUAAUAGAUUGGGAAUCUCUACCUGGAAAGUUCAGCUUGAGAAUCUCUGUUUCAAGCAUCUUUACCCACAACAGCAUAACGAGAUGUCAACCAUGCUCGAGGAUUCAUUCGAUGAAGCCAUGAUUACUUCUGCGAUAGAGAAAUUGGAGCAAGCGCUCAAGAAAGAAGGCAUAUCUUACCAUGUUCUCUGUGGCCGGCACAAGAGCUUGUAUAGUAUUUACUGCAAGAUGUUGAAGAAGAAGCUUACAGUGGAUGAAAUUCAUGACAUUCAUGGGUUACGUUUGAUUGUCAACAACGAAGGAGAUUGUUACAAGGCCUUGGGUGUAGUUCAUAAGUUAUGGUCUGAAGUUCCUGGAAAGCUGAAGGAUUACAUAACUCAUCCCAAGUUGAAUGGGUAUCAAUCUCUGCACGCGGUGGUGAUGGACAACGGAACGGUUCCACUUGAAGUCCAGAUACGUACACAGGAGAUGCAUUUGCAAGCGGAAUUUGGGUUUGCAGCUCACUGGAGGUACAAGGAAGGUGACUGCAAAUACUCUUCGUUUGUGCUUCAGAUGGUUGAAUGGGCUCGAUGGGUUGUAACUUGGCAUUGUGAAACAAUGAGCAAGGACCGAUCUUCCAUACGUUCUUCCGAUUCCAUCAAACCACCUUGCAAGUUUCCGUCUCACUCUGAGGACUGCCCGGCUUCUUACAAGCCCAACAGUAGCCAGGACGGACCAGUCUAUGUCAUCGUGAUCGAAAAUGACAAGAUGUCAGUGCAAGAGUUUCCAGCGAGUUCAACAGUGUCGGAUCUGCUGAGCCGGGCGGGGCCAGGGAGCUCGAGGUGGUGCAUGUAUGGGAUACCAUCAAAGGAAGAACUAAGACCGAGGCUGAACCAGAAACCUGUAAGCGACCUCAAGUGGAAGCUGAAGAUGGGUGAUGUGGUGGAGCUGACUCCACCAAUUCCUGACGAGUCUCUGACUGAAUACAGAGAAGAGAUCCAACGGAUGUAUGAUCGAGGUCUCGCGUUUUCCCGCCCCGGGACCAUGGUCGGAUGGGGAAGCUGA